AUGCUGAGUUUCCUGCGAAGGACCCUGGGGCGACGCUCCAUCCGCAAACAUGCAGAAAAAACACGGCUACGGGAGGCCCAGCGCGCUACAACACACAUUCCGGCUGCUGGUGAUGCCAAGUCCAUCAUUACUUGCCGUGUGUCCUUGUUGGACGGGACCGAUGUCAGCGUCGACCUGCCGAAAAAAGCCAAAGGUGAGGAGCUGUUUGACCAGAUCAUGUACCACCUGGACAUAGUAGAAAAAGACUACUUCGGACUGCGCUUCAUGGACUCUGCACAAGUUCCACAUUGGCUGGAUAUCACAAAAAGUAUCAAAAAGCAAGUGAAAAUUGGCCCUCCAUACUGCCUUCACAUGCGAGUCAAGUUUUACUCCUCUGAGCCAAACAACUUGCAUGAGGAGCUUACCAGAUACCUUUUUGUGUUGCAAUUAAAACAAGACAUCCUCAGUGGAAAGCUAGAAUGCCCAUUUGAAACAGCGGUGGAGUUGGCUGCCUUCUCACUACAGGCGGAACUUGGUGAUUGUGACCCACUGGAACACAAUUUGGACCUGGUAUCAGAAUUUCGAUUUAUCCCUGAACAGACUGAAGAUGUGGAGCUGGCUAUUUACAACGCAUGGAAGGAGUGCAGAGGUCAAACACCUGCACAGGCUGAGAUCAACUACUUGAAUAAAGCAAAAUGGCUGGAAAUGUAUGGUGUGGACAUGCAUAUGGUUCAGGCACGAGAUGGUAAUGAGUACAGUUUGGGUUUGACACCAACCGGUGUUUUGGUGUUUGAAGGACAAACCAAGAUUGGCCUCUUUUUUUGGCCAAAGAUCACUCGUCUUGAUUUCAAAAAGAGCAAGCUGACUCUUGUGGUUGUGGAGGAUGAUGAUCAGGGCAAAGAGCAGGAGCACACCUUUGUCUUCAGAAUGGACCAUCCGAAGGCCUGUAAGCACCUCUGGAAGUGUGCUGUGGAACAUCACGCCUUCUUCCGGCUGAGGGGUCCAGUACAAAAGAACUCUGCGCGCUCUGGUUUCAUUCGCAUGGGAUCGCGCUUCCGAUACAGUGGAAACACAGAGUACCAGACAACAAAGUCCAAUAAAGCCCGACGCUCAGCCUCCUUUGAGAGGAGGCCGAGUCGACGCUAUUCAAGAAGAACAAUGCACAACAGAGGACCUUUGCAUCCUCAGGAAGUCCUUUCGUCAGGCAAUGGAGUCAACUCCAGCAAAGACAAGCAUGUUUCUCCCAGUCGAGGCGCCUGGUCGGGUGUGCCGGUUGUGAACGUUGCGCCUGCUUCUGCUUGUGGCCCGUUGGAAAUCGAGCCUCUGCCUAGGAGUCCAGGAGGGGAAAAGAGAAGUUUACCACCGGCUGCUGACCUUAUCGAGACAUGCAUUGACGACGUCCUCAGGGCUUCGGCCGCUCCAGCCGUGAAGGCUGUCGAUGAAGCGGGACCGAGUACAGCCUACUCUCCUCCUGUUGCGACUGGCGAAGAGUUACUCAGCCUCAAUGAAACAGCUGCACGUCUCAAGCAGUUGGAGUUGGAGAGUAGUCCACGUCUGGCCAAGAAUAAUGUCAACAUCAAUAUGGUCAUGAAUAAUCAGGAGGACAUUGUGAAAAUCCGAGAGAAACGCUGUCUGAACAGUGCAGACAGCAGUCCUGUCAUCACGCCACUGCGAGCCCCAGACAAUUUGAAGAGUAACAUCCUCAAAGCGCAAGCUGAGGCCGCCACACUCAAGGUCGCUUUGGAGGAAACUGUCACAAUGAUGGGAGAUAAAAACUGUAAUUUGCAGGAAACAUCCUCAAGGUUGAAGUCACGCCCCGGCCGUAUGGGCAGCAAUUCAUCUCUGCCCGUUAGCAGUCGCCCUGACAUACAAGACUCAUGGGAGUUGCUCAAAACCUCUUCACUUGUCUCAUCAGCUGGCACCAGUGCUGAAAGGUUAGCUGAAGAUUCUAACCCUCCUUUAGCCAAGUUGCCCUCAGACUCUGUUGUUGAAGGCACCACACUUAUGGCUAAAGCAGAGGAAGUUGAUGUUUCAAACACAACUUUACCACUCUCUGAUAAUUUGAUUGACUUCACUGAUCCCACCCCUGCUAUGCCAUCGGUGCAGCCGCCCAAAGCUCCCAUCACUCCUCGCUGGAUCAUUCCUACUGCUGCUCCUCCUGGUAUCUUUACUAACGGCCUGCUCGACCUUGAGCCCCCUGCUAAGGUCGCCGCCGCUCCUCUUCCCCCCGUGGACGGGGGAGCCGCUCUCACCUCAGCCCUCCCUCAGUCCGCUCAUACAUUUCACACCAACUCAGUGAGCAAUAUGGGUCAGCAGGCAGCCUCAGAGGAUGGAGCCACACACAGAGGCCUCCUGACCACUGAACUCUAA